GCUCACUCACUCACUCAUUCACGCAUUGCACGCUGCUCUUCCUUCUGCCACAGCUAACCGCUCGCUCAGACCGCCCGCAAACUACCCACCGUCGGCGCAAAUGCGAGCUCUGCAGUCCAAGAGCUUGCAACACCCCAUCCCACUCAUGUUACCACGUUAGAGCUCGGGUUUCUUUUUCCUUACUCCCUCGUGUCGCGCCGAUCUUAGCGACCGGAGGAGCAAGCCGCCAUGGAGCGGCGUAGAAAGCGCGAGCUGAAGGAUGUAAACGCAAGAGUCUGGAACGGCGAGAAAGAUGUCUUUCCCGUUCAGGAGUCCCUCGACUCGAACAUGAAGAAGAACACGGCAUUUAUCAAACGCCUGCGCACCGCCAUCAACCCAGCCGCCGUCCCAACCUUCCUGCAAGAAAUCCGAACCCUCUCCCUCCACAAAUACCUCACCGAGAUUGUCUCGGCCUGUUUCGAAGGCCUCUGCAGGCUGAAAGUCGCCGGUGAAGUUGCUGCUGGCGUCGAGGUGGUUAGUGCAUUGCAUCAACGCUUUGGGCCGCAGGAGUUCACGUGUUAUCUCGGAUGGCUCAUUGGGCGUGGAUUGAGCACGCCCGACAAGUCGCAGCUGAAGACCCUGCCUCAAGAUGUGCGGGAGAGGGAGGAGAAGGAACGGAUCGCCAGGCAGCGCGUACUGUUGCGCAUUGCUACAGAGCUCUGGCUGGUGGGUGUACUUAAGAGCCUGGAAGAUGUGACACGUCCCGAGGAUGCAAGCAAAGCGAAAGACACCGGAAGAGCAACCGAGACCUCUGGGAAAGCCCGGCUGAAUGGUACGCGACCAGCUGCAGCCGAUCCGGAGCCCUUCCCGCUCGAGGUGCUGAAAGACAUGCUCGGCCAUGACCGCGAUCACGUCAAUUUGCCACUGGUCGUUCUGUUUGUCAAGACCUUCGCUUGGGACAUCCUUGGUUCUAGUUCUGCAGUGAAGGAGGGGAGGAAGAGAGUGGCGGAGGAUGGGUCAAUAUCUGUUGCAAACGGCAACUUCGAGUCGGCGACUUCGACGGAAGAUGAAGAUGCUUCCGUUCCGGACUCGCCUCUCGCGUCGCCGGACAUGCAACAGCGGUUUCGGAACAUUCUCCUACGAUACUUCGAAGAUGUCAAGGCUCACGUUGUCCGCGACCAGAAGCAGCUCGCCAAUCAGGGCAAACGAAAUGCCGAGGCGUAUGUGAAGUCUGGUGAGGUGUUUGAAGACCGUCAAGCGCAAUACGAAAAAGCGUUGAAAGCGCAGGAAAAGAUGGUAUCGAGCGCGCAGACGCUGGCUGAUGCCCUUGCUGUGGAGAUGCCCGAUCUAUCAGAAAAAGACGCCUCCUUCGUUGGAGCCGAAGGUAGUAUCGGACUAGUCAAAACGGGCGAGUAUCUCCGCGGCCAGGGUGAUGGGGCUGGGAUUUGGGAAGACGAGGAGGAGCGUCGAUUCUACGAAAACUUGAUUGAUCUGAAAGAUCGUGUGCCCAUCAUUUUGCUCGAGGAAGGUAAAAAGAAGAAGCCCGACAACGAUGAUCAAGUUGGAAAGAAGAUCAGCGACGUUAGCGACGUCAAAGAAGCCCCCGAAACCAAGCAAGUUGACAACGACGACGCAUCUACAACGAUCACCAACAAGACGGUCGGAGCCCAAGUCGAUGCAUUGCUUGCGAGACUGGUUGAGCUUUCGAACAAGGACCAGGUCGACCAGUUCGCGGUCGACUUUUGCUUCCUGAACUCCAAAGCUUCGCGCAACCGCCUGAUCAAAGCCAUCGAAGAAAUCCCCAAGGGCAGGGUGGAUCUCCUGCCGCUCUAUGGGCGACUCAUCGCCACGCUCGGCCGCUACCUGAACGCGGUCCAGCAAGCGAUCGUGUCCUAUCUCGAUGAUGAAUUCCGCAGUCUCCAGCGUCGCAAGUCGAAAGAGUUCCUCGGGCAAGUGCGCAUGGUCAAUAUUCGCUACAUUGCCGAGUUGACCAAGUUUGGCGUCGUGCCUGAGCAUGUCAUCUUUCACUGCCUCAAAGUGUGCCUGGACGACUUUUCGCGGAUGAACAUCGAAAUCAUUGCGAACCUGCUCGAGCACUGUGGACGCUAUCUACUUCGCAACCCGGAGACUUCACCCCGGAUGCAAUCGUUCCUCGAGACUCUGCAGCGUAAGAAGACUGCGCAACACUUGGGCCAACAAGAGCGUAUGCUUCUUGAGAAUGCAGUCUACUUUGUCAGUCCUCCAGAAAGGGCGGCCAUUGAGCAGAAAGAACGCACGCCUCUGGAGCUCUAUGUCCGAAAACUGGUCUACGAGGAUCUCAACAAAAAGACCAUCGCAAAGGUAACGAAGCAGAUCCGCAAGUUACACUGGGAGGAGCCUGAAGUGGUCGAGACGCUGCGCAAGAUCUUUGUCAAGCCCGGCAAGAUCAAGUUUGCCAACAUUCACCUGCUGGCCGUGAUCCUGGGCGCAUUGUACAAAUUUCACUUCAGCUUCGCAAUCACCGUCCUGGACGAGCUUCUCGAACGAAUCACUGCCGGUCUGGACAUGAACGACUUCAAGUACAACCAGCGACGCAUCGCCGAAGUCAAAUAUCUUGGGGAGCUCUACAUGUAUCGUUUGGUGGAUUCGACGCUCAUCUUCGAUACGCUGUACAAGCUCCUCAACCAUGGUCAUCAAGGCUAUGCCCAGCCGGGCAGCUUGUGCAGCAUCGAUCUGCCAGACGAUUUCUUCCGCAUUCGACUCGUCAGCACCUUGUUGGAGACUUGUGGGAUGUAUUUUGAGAAAGGGCCAGUGAAGAAGAAGCUUGACUUCUUCCUCGCCUUCUUUCAGUACUACAUCAAUACCAAGGAUCCGAUUCCGAUGGAUAUCGAGUUUGUCGUGCAAGACACCUUCAAUGCGUUGCGACCCCAGUGGAAGCUCGUAUUGAACGAUCCUCCAGAAGCGAGCAGAGUCUUCGGCGAAUCUGUCAGACAAAACUACCAGGAAGCUCCUCUUAACAGAGUCUCUGAGCCGGAAGAACCAGAGCCUGAGGAACAAGACUUUGAGGGCGAGGAUUCUGAUGAUGCCGCCAUUGACGGCGAGAUGCGCCCACGCUCGGCAGAAGAUGGCGAAGGAGAUGAGGUCCACGACGAUGCCGCAGGAUCCGCUGAAGCAUCGUCGUCUGACGAGAGUGAGCACAUUGUUGUCACUCGACCAAGCGAGCAGCGGGACCCAGAGGCCGACGCAGAGUUCGAUCGUGAGCUUGCCAAACUAAUGUCAGAGAGUGUAGAGUCCCGAAAGUUUGAGCGGAAGCCGAUGUUUGAUGUGCCGCUGCCCAUGCGUCGACAGGUGCGUGAGGCCGCUCCAACAAACGCCGACGACAGCGAUCACGAGACGCCCGCCCCCGCUCCUCCCAGCGAACCGGGGAAGAUGCAGUUUUCGCUUCUCAGUAAACGUGGCAAUCGUCAGCAGACACGCUCGAUUGAGUUGCCGUCGGAUUCCACAUUUGCGCUCGCCAUGAGAUCGCAGCAGCAAGCCGAACGAGCGGAGCAGCAACGCAUCAAGAACCUGGUGCUCAACUACGAUCUCAACGAUGAUCAGCAUGAUGGCCCUAUUGAUCAUCCGUAUAGUCAGCCGAGGCAGGACAAGUCGGGCAAUACCCGCAGCAAGCAGCGAGCGAGGAAGCUGCAAAUGGGAGACAUGGAUUGGACGUAACGGGCUACGAAAGCUGCACGAAUACGACCACAAAGAGCCACGAAAUUAGUGCAUCCUUGCGUUAAGGAGCGCACGACAUUGCACGACAACGCCGAUCGAACGACGAUAACCCAUCGAUGCGAUCAACAGCGCAGUGAGGCAUCUGUUCAUGCAAGCAUCUCAUGCUUCGUGUUUGCAGACUCAUGUGCAUGUUAUUGAGGAGGGUGAGAGGAAGCGUCGACGCCGAGUCGCAGAUUGAGAGACAGUGGAGCGGCCAUGGAUGAUUGUGCGUUGAGCGGAUGAAUCGGAAAGAAGUCGAGAAGUACAAUGGUUGAGCGGAUGGUACAUUGGUGUGACAGACUGGACUCUAGCUACACUGACCCUAGUCAUUCCUUACGAGUUUCCUUGAGU